AGGCUAGAAAUGCCGCUGUCUCUCGUCUAGUCCCUACAGCCGCCGCCACCGUCGCCGUCGCCGCCGACCGACGGCUCAAUCCCGCCAGCCUGCCCGCCGACGCCUCAGCCCCACUCCCAGCCGCCCCAAUCACACGCCCCGCGCCGCCCCCGCCCCUCACGCGCGUCGCCGCCGCCGCCGCGGGCUCCGUUCUUCCUCGUCUGGACACCGCGCUCCCGCCGCCUCCGCUCCGCCCCGCCCACCCAUUGGGUUUCCAGCAGAAGUCGCGCUUCGCUCCUAUGGCGGCAUCUGACGAACAGCCUCAGAAGGACGAACAUGAUAUGAAGGACGAACAACAGGCUGAGAAGGACGAAAAACAGGCUGAGAAGGAGUACGCUGAUUUCGAGGCGAGGGUCAAGAGGACGAUAUACAUCGACCACCUCUCCCCUCUGGUCACCAGCCAGGUUAUCAAGGCGUCUCUCGCCCAGUGCGCCAACGUCGUCAACACGGAGUUCAUCGAGAACUACACGAUCCAGUACGAGAUCCCCGCCGCUGCGUUGGUGGAGGUGGACAACGUGUCGCAGGCCCAGGCUGCUGUGGACCUGAUGAACAACUUCCCUUUCAUGAUCGGCGGGAUGCCCAGGCCUGUGAGGGCUGUCUUUGCAAAGCCCGAGAUGUUUCCGGACCGCCCUAGGAAGCCUGGCUUGAAGAUUGAGUUCAGCUGGGUAAAGCAAGGAGAUCCGGGGUAUGAUGGGAUGAAUAAGCUCAAGGGCCUUAUGAGGAGGCAAGAAGCAGAAAAUAUGGCACUCAUCAAGAAUCAAUUGGAAGAGGAGAAGGAGCUGGCGGCGCAGCAGCAGGAAACCCUGGGAGCAAGCAGCACCAAGUACGACAUGCUCGAGAACCUCGUGAACAACGGGGAAAUCACUAAACUCGCUCAGCAUUAUAAGGUCAAGCUGGGAGAAGACUGAUAGGUUCCUGACGUUCAAGCUCCUCCCUCGUAGACUGACUGCAGUCACCAGUGCAAGCAGAUUCUUGUUCUGCCCAGGGCAUCCCCACUCACAGAUGUGAUGGUGUGAUAGUGAUAAUCCAUUGGCUAGUUCUCAUCUUGUGGUGUGAUGAUGGUAAUAAAGCAUUGAUUUGUUUGGUGCCGCCAUGCCCUAGUUGUGGCCAGCUGCAAAGCAGCAGUUCCUUAGUGUAACAACAGUCGAUACAUUACGACCGUUUGAUGGUACGCUUGGUGUAUUAAUAAUCUUUGUAUGACCUCCAAGCUUAGCUUGUCAGCAAGAUGA